AUGAAUGAUGAUCAACCUGAUUUGAGAAAGGAAGGAAAUGACUUCCCUGAGGAGCAUACACAGGAUAAAAAUGAUAAGGUUCCUGAAGAAAUGAAUGAUGAUCAACCUGAUUUGAGAAAAGAAGGAAAUGACUUCCCUGAGGAGCAUACACAUGAUAAAAAUGAUAAGGUUAAUCCUGAAGAAGUUGAAGAAGUGAAUGAUGAUAAUCAACAUGAGGAGCAACAUGAUUUGAGAAAGGAUAGAAGCGACUUCCCUGAUGAUUAUUCUACCCAAGAAGCAUACAUAAUUUUAUCUGAUGAUGAAGAGUUUAUUCAUCAUUCAGAUAAUGAAAAUGUUAAUCAAGAAGAAGAAGCUCCUACACAACAAGAGGCCAGCCAACAAGAAGAAGCUUCUACACAACAAGAAAAGGCCAGCCAAGAAGAAGAAGCUCCUACGCAACAAGGGGCCAGCCAACAAGAAGAAGCUUCUACACAACAAGAAAAGGCCAGCCACCAAGAAGAACCUUCUACACAACAAGAAGAGGCCAGCCAGGAACAGACCAGUUGUAAGUUGUUGAAAUUUUUAAAAAGUUUAAAUGUGCGUUAUAGUUGA